CAAUUUUGCUUCAAACCAACUUGCUUUAUUAUUUUAUUCAAACAACCUGCUUUAUAAAUUUAAGUUUAAAUUAAUCAUAUAUAUAAUGUUUCUCCAAAAAUCUCUCUGUAAAUUUAAACAAUAAUCUUGUCGGACCAUCCUGAAGAAGAACCACAAGAGGUUCGAAAUAUAGAUGUUAUGACACCUGAUUGUUGAUAAUUGCCCAGCCAAUAAUUGCUGAAUACCCAAAUUAGCUAUUUUUCCCUGUUUUCUCUGGCAAACGAUCAAUUACAAUACAGUGCAGAUAUGGGUUUCUUUGAGGACGUGGAAUCGAGUUAUGGCGUAGAUGCGUCCAGGAAGAUGAAACUAUGGGCUCACUUAAACACCAAAUUUGCUAAGAUGACUAGUAGGAGAAACUUCUUGCUUCGAUGCAGGACAGCUGGAAUUUUCCCCAGACACAUCGUCCAGAACGUCAAAUGCUUGACCAACCUUCUAUCUGAUGACGCAGAAAACAACAGAAAGGUCAGUCUUUUCAACAAUAAAAUAUCGGCCAGAAUUCUUAGCAUGGAGAUAUCUUUCACUAUAAAAAGGAUCGGGGUUCUUUCCUCCAACCUUGAACAAUUAAAGACCAAAUUAUCUGGACUCGUUCCAGAGGGGAUUCUCGAACGAUUUCUCCAUACCCAAAACAAAUCUUACAAGACCAUAUAUUCAAACAACAACAAAAAUCUCAACAAAAAAUUUUGGGAUCUAAAGAAACAAAAAAUCCAGUCCAUCAAAAUCAAAGAUGAAUGGCUGCAUAACUUAACAACCACACAGAUCCCCACUGAUAUCAAAGUAAUCUUGAGUUUGGGACCUAAAUUCAGUUUAGCUCCCCUUCCAAUUAUAGAUUCACCUAUCAAAAAUAUUAUAGCAGACGUCGAAAAUAUCAUCGGAUUGGCCCCCACUGCCACACAGAACAUCUUGAGGGCUAAAUGUACCAAUGCCAUCACAAACUACGUACACACCCAUAAGGGAUCACACAGUUUCGAGCAUCACCUUUUCACCAAAGCCAAAAAAUACACCAGAGCACACGAUGACCUGAUAAUCACCGCCGCUGAUAAAGGCAACAUUACAGUAGUACUUUCUGUAGAUCAGUAUGAACAUAAGAUGAAUCUACUUCUGCAGGAUUCAUCAAUUUACAAACAACUGACAAAAGAUCCCACAAAUGAAACUCAAAACAAAAAUAACAAAAUUAUCAAACAAUUAAAAGAUUUAGGUAUUAUCGAUGGCGCCACAGCCAGACAAUUAACCACAUACAAAGCAGUACCACCGAGAAUAUAUGGACUCCCCAAGGUCCACAAGCCUGACAUCCCACUGCGACCCAUAGUCUCCACCAUAGGUUCACCCACAGCAGAACUCAGUCACUUCAUGACACGCAUACUUACAGAGGCAUUUUCCAACUUCAUAUCAUAUUCCAUAGCUGACUCUUUCCAAUUCAGUAGACAAAUAAACAACCUCAUAUUACCUCAAGGAUACAAACUGGUUUCCCUUGACGCCGUCAGUUUGUUCACAAACAUCUCACUGGACCUAGUUAUGCAAAUUAUUCAAUCUGAAUGGAGCAGAAUACAACAGAUCACAGACAUCGAAAUGCCCUUAUUUCUAUCAAUCAUAAAGUUUCUGUUCGACUCCAGUUAUUUCACAUUCAGGGGAUCUUUCUUCUCGCAGAUUUUCGGCUGUGCGAUGGGUAAUAAAAUUAGUUCCAUCCUGGCCCUGAUCAUAAUGACAGUCCUCUUGAAUUACUGCAUUCCCUUAUUACCUUUUCAUACACCAAUAGUUUAUCAAUACGUCGACGAUCUCCUCCUCGCCAUCCCUGACGACAUGACGGCUGAAACAUUAACAGUGUUCAACAGCUUCGAUCAACACAUUAAAUUCACGGUGGAGGAGGAAACAGAUAAUGGGGUUCCAUUUCUCGACACAAAAGUGGUGAGAUGCACAGAUAAUGUGAUCAAACUCGAUUGGUACCAGAAGCCAACCUCCUCAGGACGAUACAUCCAUUACAAAUCCAAUCAUUCUUGGUCCGUGAAAACAAACCUUAUCAAGGGAAUGUUCAAACGAGUCAAGAACAUCUGCCACCCCGACUUCCUGAAGUCGGCGGAGGAAAGACUGCUCAACAUUUUCGAGGACAACGGCUACCCUAGGAUGUUUUUGGAAAGAUGUCUUCAUGCCCUGCCCCUUGACCUAAGUGAGGAUGGAUCACCAACAGAAGAACCAGCAACAACAGCCCAGAACGAACCCAUCAAAUAUGUAUCCCUACCUCUCCUCCCAUCUUUAACAAGAAAAUUGACCAAUAUCUUAAAAGAUGUCAAAAACAUAAAAAUUGCAAAAUACAACCCACUGACAGUGGGAAGAAUCUUCAGCCAUGUGAAGGACAGAAUCCCCAUAAUGUCCAAGUCAGAUGUGGUGUAUCGCAUCUCAUGUGGGAACUGUAACUCUGUAUAUAUUGGCCAAACUUCUCAAUGCCUAAAAAAGCGUAUUGCCAUCCACAAAAGUGAUGCCAAGCUACGACCAGACAGAUGCGCAUUGGCUAACCACGCAUCAUCAUUGGGCCACAAAUUCAAAUUCGAUGAAGCCGAAAUAUUGUGUCUCAACUCAGACUACAAUAAAAGAACAUUUUUGGAAAUGUGUUUUAUCAAUGAAAACGAAAACAACAUCAACAGGAAGACUGAUCUCGGAAACCUCAGCGCGAUAUAUAGUUACAUAUUAUCCUUGGACAAACGUCCAGCCGAUGACCAUACUGUCGAUGUCAUUACUUGA